AUGGACACGAACAAGACUCUAGAACAUCUAUCAGUAGCGCCUACUGUUUUCGAACCCGACAGAUUGAUUUCAAAGUCAUUUUUAAGGAUUCUCCUUCAGGAACUGCUUGCACACCCAGUCAAAUUCGUGGUAGCAAUCGGGAGCCUACUUCUAGCAGCCUACACCAUCGACUCUCUCCGCAACGGCCUCGUGCACCUCAACGAUUUCCCAGGGCCGCGAUGGGCAGCCUACACGCGGCUCUGGCUAUGCAAGGUGCUGGCAUCGGGAAACUCUGCGCAGACAUUCGUCGACGUCAACGCAAAGUACGGGCCGGUAGCGCGGAUCGGGCCCAACAACCUCGUGACGAGCGAUCCGGACCUGACGCGGCGGAUACUGGCGGCGCGGUCGCACUACACGCGCGGCCCGUGGUUCGACUCGAUCAAGAUCGACCCGCACGUGCCGAACAUUGUGUCGGAGCGGGACACGGGCAAGCACAACCACCUGCGGUACCAGAUGUCGGCCGGGUACGCGGGCAAGGACAUCACGGGGCUGGAAGCGGCCAUCGACGCGCGCAUAGCCGAGUUCGUCGGCCUGGUCGAGCGGAACUGGCUGUCGGAGGCGGAGGCGACCAGGCCGUUCGACAUUGCACGGCGCAUCCAGUAUCUCGCCGUCGAUGUUAUCACGAGCUUGGCGUUUGGGAAGCCGCUGGGCUUCCUCGAGGCCGACGCGGACAAGUUUGGCUUUUUGGCGACGAUUGAGUCGCAGCUGCCCAUUGUGCAGCACUUUUCUGUCAUCCUGGAGCUGAACAAUGUUUUGGCGUGGGCGGCCAAGUUCAAGUUCCUUCGGCCGUUCAUCGUGCCGUCCGCUGCAGACAAGAAGGGGAUUGGCAUGAUUAUGGGGAUUUCCCAGAAAGUCAUCGAGCGGCGGUUUGGCUCUCGAGCAGAGAAAAAGAAGGACAUGCUGGGGUCGUUUAUAUCGCGCGGCCUCGACGCCAGCGAGGUCGAGAUGGAGAUAUCGAUUUCCCUCGUAGCAGGCUCUGACACGACAGCAACGGCGAUGCGCUCGACGCUCCUCUCCAUCAUCUCCAACCCACGGGUGUACACUCGGCUGGUGCGGGAGAUCGACGACGGCAUCAGGCGGGGCAUUGUGUCGUCGCCCAUCGCGGAAGAAGAAGCCAAGCGGUUGCCCUACCUGCAAGCGGUGAUCAAAGAAGGGCUGCGGCGGUUCCCGCCCAUCACGCAGCUGCGCGAGCGCAUGGUGCCGCCCGAGGGUGACUGGUACGACGGCAAGUUCAUCCCGCCCGGCACGUACGUCGGGCUGAACGCGUGGGGCCUGCAGCUCGACCCCGUGUUUGGCAGCGACCCGGAGGUGUUUAGGCCCGAACGGUGGCUGGUCGACGACCCGGAGCGCCUGCGCCGCAUGGGCCAGGUCCAGGAGCUCAUCUUUGGCCACGGCACGACGCGGUGCUUGGGCAUUCCGAUUGCGAUGAUGAACCUGAACAAGAUCUUUGUCGAGCUCUUGCGUCGCUUUGAUAUCCAGGUUAUCAACCCCCAGAGACCAUGGCAGAGCAUUUGCUAUGGUAUUUUCUUCCAGAAGGAGUUCAAUGUCCGGAUUACUCGCCGGGCCACCGAAGACCAGAGCCAGGAGGAGACGGCGUGGAGUUCUUAAGCUCACUUCCCGCUUAUGUCGAGACGGUAGAAACAGUGAAGAAAUAUACACGGGCCAUAGAGUAGAUUGCAUCCUCAGCCCACUCAGUUG